UUCUGUUUUACUAACGUGUUCGUAAGUUUUAUUCGUAACCUUAACUUACGAAACGUUCGCAAGUUUCCGUAAUGGAACUCUCUAAUAACGGAGGUGUGAAUAUUCGUAGUUACGAACGCUGCGCAAGCGCAGAGGGCACUUUCGUUUUCGCGGCUAAUUACAUUUUAUCGUCUGCGAAACUGUUUUCAACAAUGGAGAAAGAGUUGAAACGGAGAAAACCCAACUGGAGUGAGUCGGAGCUAAUGGCUUUAGCAGAGGCCGUAGCUCCGCACUUCCGAGUUUUAAAGGGGAAGUUUUCCGCUUUUAUAACUUCUGAGAGGAAAAAUCAACUGUGGCAGGAUAUCGCUAACCAAGUCAAUGCUGUUGCAAUGGUCAACAGAACAACCGAGGAAAUGAAGAAAAAAUGGGCAGACAUGCAAAGUCUGACAAAGAAAAAGGAAGCAGAGAGGAGGAGAUCAAUGAAACAGACAGGAGGAGGACCAGCCCCAAAUUUCAUGUUCAAAAAUUGGGAAAAUUUGGUUCUACAGUCUUUAUCAGAUGUUGCAAUUGAAGGCAUCAGUGGUGGAGUUGAUACCGCAGAAUGUGAAAGUAGACCAUCCCCAGUGGUACCUGCAGGGAUUAUUAUCCAUGAAGUUCCGGCAUCAGAAAAUUCAGAACUGAGCGAGUCUGCUUCAACCCCAUGUGCAAGUAUGUACAUGUACUAGAUCUGAUGAUCCCUU